CAUCUUCACACACUCACCAUUUUCCAAUUCACACCCCUUUCAUUUCCUCAAACACUUUCACACCCAACAAACCCAGUUUCUCUGAUUCGCUCAUGGAAGUCACUCCUUUCACAUUUCUUAAUCAAGAGGAGGACUUGAACUUCUUCAGCUUAUAUCCCGAGAUGCAAGACUUCGGGAUGAAUGAUACUACUACUACUGCUAUUGGGUUGAAGAAGCGGAGGAAGGUCGAGGAGGACGAUACCAAUGGCGCCGAGGAAGAAAUGAAGAAGAAGAUUCCUUUCACUGACAUUCUCACAUCGUUGAUGAUAUUGGACGAGGAAGAGAAGCAGGAGCAACAACACUACUUUGCGCAAUCCCAGCUACAAAAGGAGACUCUUGACGCGAAUUACAGGAAGAAAUCCGAAGUGAUGAAUCAGUAUUAUUCUGAUUUCCAGCAGAGCGGUUCUGAAUUGAACGACUUGGAGCAAUCCCGCGGCAAAAGGAGCCGUGGCGCUGCUUUUGCCGCGGCUGCUACCGCGGUUGCCGCCGCCGAGACUACUGUUCCACCCGCGGCGGCCACCGCGGAGACCUCCGCUGCGGCAGGGCCGCACCGGAGGCUGUGGGUUAAGGACAGGUCCAAGGACUGGUGGGACCUCUACAACAGCCCCAACGUUUCUGAGGACGAGUUUCGGAAGGCGUUUCGGAUGAGCAAGGGCACAUUCGACAUGAUUUGCGAGGAGCUGGACUCCGCCGUGACCAAGAAGAACACAAUGCUGAGGGAUGCGAUUCCGGUGCGGCAGCGGGUGGCCGUCUGCAUAUGGAGGCUGGGUACCGGCGAGCCGCUCCGUCUCGUUUCGAAACGUUUCGGUCUCGGCAUCUCCACCUGCCACAAGCUUGUGCUUGAAGUCUGCGUGGCUAUCAAGACUGUUCUAAUGGAGAAGUAUCUCCACUGGCCCGAUGAGCACACAUUGCAAGCAAUCAAAACCCAGUUCGAAUCCAUUUCAGGCAUUCCUAAUGUCUCCGGUUCUAUGUACACGACUCAUGUUCCGAUCAUAGCACCCAAAGCGAGUGUAGCAGCCUAUUUCAACAAGCGCCACACCGAACGUAACCAGAAGACUUCUUACUCCAUCACAGUUCAAGGUGUGGUUGAUCCUAAAGGCUUGUUUACCGACAUUUGCGUCGGCUGGCCUGGUUCUAUGCCGGACGACAAGGUGUUGGAAAAUUCUGCUCUGUACAAAAGAGGCAGCUCCGGCCAAUUGAAGGACGUUUGGGUGGUCGGAAACAAAGGCCACCCUUUGAUGGAUUGGGUUUUGGUUCCCUACACCCACCAGAAUUUGACAUGGACACAACACGCCUUCAAUGAAAAGAUUGGGGACAUUCAAGGAGUUGCUAAAGAUGCAUUUGCUAAGCUCAAAGGGAGGUGGUCUUGUUUACAGAAGAGGACUGAGGUGAAGCUCCAGGACCUGCCUGUGGUGCUUGGGGCUUGCUGUGUUCUCCACAACAUUUGCACCAUGAGGAACGAUGAGCUUGAUCCCGAGCUCAAAUACGAUCUCUUUGAUGAUGAGAUGGUUUCUGAAAAUGGUCUGAGGUCUGCUGGUGCAGUUCAAGCUAGGGAUCACAUUGCUCAUAACUUGCUUCACCAUGGCCUUGCAGGCACUGGAUUUCAUUAGCCAUUUUCAGUACUGUUAAAUUUUAUAUCAGCUUUAGUCGUCUAGAAUUACCUGGGAUGGUAUAGAAGAUUGGUAUAGUUUGGCUUGGAUGAUUUUGUGUAGAACAAUUAACAGUGUAUUUUCUAGUCCCUGUGAUCGAUAUAAUAGUUCAUUUUUUA